CACUUUCACCUCCCUCGGGGCCCGAGACACCUGCAGGAAGGGGAGCAGCCAACGGGCGAGACCAGCCUGGGCGGAAAGCGAAAGCCGCCCCAUCAUUCUCGCCGCCAAAACCAUGGCUGCCGACGGCCCCGCCGAAAGUUUCCGCGACGAAGCCUCCUGCUCCAUCUGCCUGCGCUUAUUCCAGGACCCCGUCUCCAUCCACUGCGGUCACAACUUCUGCCGGGCGUGCAUCACCCGCUGCUGGGAGGAAGCCGAGGAGAUUUUUCCCUGCCCUCAGUGCAAGGAGACAGCCCCGGAAAGAAACCUGAGACCCAACCGGGAGCUGGCAAAAAUCAUCGAGAUAGCCAAGCGGCUGAGCUUGCGGGCGGCCAGAGGAGGGGCAGGGGGGGAAAAGCUGUGUGAGAAGCACCAGGAAGCUCUGAAACUCUUCUGCGAGGAGGACCAGACCCCCAUCUGCCUGGUUUGCAGAGAGUCCCAGGCUCACCGGGUCCACGCCGUGGUCCCUAUCGAGGAGGCUGCAGAGGAGCACAAGGAGAAACUCCAGGCUCACAUGGAGAUCCUGAAGGACAGGAGAGAAAAGCUGCUGGGGCUGAAAGUGGUUGAGGAAGGGAAAAGCCUGGACUUCCUGGAACGAGUUGAAAAGGAGAGGCAGAAGAUCACGUCCAAAGUCAAGGAACUGCACCAGUUCUUGGAGGGACAGGAACGUCUCCUCCUGGACCGGCUGGCCAAGCUGGACCAGGAGAUCAUGAAGAGGCAGGAGGAGAACAUCAACAGACUCUUGGAGGAGAUCUCCUCCAUUGGUGAACAGAUCUGUGAGCUGGAGGAGAAGUGUCAGCAGCCAGCAUGUGAAUUCCUGCAGGACAGCAGAAACAUCCUGAGCAGGCUUGAGAAGGACAGUGCCCAGAAGCCAGCGGAGAUAUCACCUGAGCUGGGAGAGAAACUCACCGGUCUUCCUCAGAAAAAUCUUGCCCUCAAGGAGAUGCUGAUGAAAUUUCAAGUCAGUUUGACGCUGGACCCAGAGACAGCGCAUCCCCGGCUCGUCCUGUCCGAGGAUCGCAAGCAUGUGAGAUGGGAAGACAAGCGCCAGCCCGUUUCCGACAAUCCCAAGCGUUUCGACUCCUCUCGCUGCGUCCUGGGCUGCGAGGCUUUCAGCACGGGGAGGCAUUACUGGGAGGUGGAGGUGGGUGACGGGGAAGCCUGGGCUGUUGGGGUGGCCAAGGAGUCGGUGAGGAGGAAGGGACGGAUCAGCGUCAACCCUAAGGUGGGGAUCUGGGCGGUGGGGCAGUGUGGGAGCCAGUACCAGGCUCUCACCUCUCCCACCAUCCCCAUCUCUCUGCUCACAGCCCCCAAGGUGAUUGGGGUCUACCUGGACUACGAGGCGGGGCGAGUGGCGUUUUUUGACUCCAAUAACGAGGCACCCAUCUUCACCUACCCCCCAACAUCCUUCGCAGGGGAGCAAAUCCUUCCCCUGCUCUGCCUGGGGAGGGGUUGCCAGUUCACCCUCUGUCCCUGA